ACCACGGUCUGUUCUUGCUCUCCGUCUACACUUGUCUCUCUUCAACGGAGUCCACCGAGCCGACCGACUCGGUUGUUCAUCGACAUCCAUGUCUGACGUGGCGCCUUUAACUGUCGACGAACUCACUGCUGCUCAGCAAGAGAACGUGGAGCCGACUGCUGACGAUGCUCGUGAACUUGCAACCGCUACGCACGUUAGCGACGACGAUGUGAAAGAAGCGACCAGCGUUGCCGACGAGAUUGCGGGACCUGUGGACGGUGAGGCUGCGGCCGAGGACACGAAAGCAGACCCAUCAGAUCAUGCUUCAGCAAACGGCAACGCGCAACACAGCGAAGUUGCAAACCCUGAGGAGCCCAAAUCCCCUGCCCCGAAGGCAAAAUUGAGCGUGAAGCCGACCACCGCGAAGCCUGGAAGUGCCCCGGGAACGCCCUUGGUGAAGAAGAUCCUCAACUCCGGCACGUUUGGGUCUGGAACCGUGAAGCCGUCGCCUCCGGCGACUUCCAAGGCAACUGGUGUAGCGACGGCUGCGAAACCACCCGCAGCAGCCUCUUCUCUGAAGAAGUCGGUAAGCGGCCCGCCUCCAACCAGGACUCCAACUUCCGCUGCCUCGAAGACCGCGUCAGCCACCCCUGCCCCCGCUUCUUCAGCGUCGCGUCGAACGUCCCUGGUUCCUGCACCGAAAUCAGCUCCUUCUCCUUCGUCCAGACCGUCUUUAGCGUCAUCUGCGGCUACCAAACACGCUCCUCGUCCCUCUGUCACUUCACGCCCGUCCGCCGCAUCCCCCGAGGCCGCAUCAAGUACCAAGUCAUCUGCUACUCCCAAGCCUCGUGCCUCGGUCUCGGAAGGGGUGAAGAGGACCCCUUCCAAAUCCAGCCUAACGGCGGCUGCUCCGAAACCCAGUGCCGCGCCCCCCACGAGACCUGCAAGCAAAUCUGCGACGGCGUCUGUCCGCACCUCCAGCGCUACUGCGGUGCGCAAAACGCCAGGCACGGGCUCCAUCUCGUCUCUCAGGGAGAUCAAAGAGGACCCUAGGAUAUCCGAUGAGCUGAAGAGCAAGCUCGACGAGACCUCUGCAUCUCUGGCGGCAAAGAACGAGAUCACCGCACAGCUCGAAGCGCAAGUGAAGGAGAUUAAAUCAUCGCUGGAAACAGCUUCGGCGAAUGCGACGGCAAAACAAGCGUUGGUGGACGAGCUGACCCGGUCCAAAGAGGCUGCAGAAGCUGAACUGCAGGCUUUGAAAGAAGAGCUCGAGAAGUUAAAGGCGGAAAGCUCGGGUGGUGUUCAGGAGCUGAACGCUGUUAAACAGGAGCUGGAAGCGGCAAGGGAAGCUGCGACGCUGCAGAGCAAACUGGUCGAAAGCCUGCAAGCGCAGCUGCUGGACUUAGAAACCGAAGUAGCAUCCGCGAAGGAGAACCUCGAGGCAGUCCGUGCAACGCAAGUUGCCGCGACCUCUGCAGAUGCAGCUGCGGCCGAACUUGAUCGCGAGGCUUUACUGAAGGCAAAGGCGGACCUUGACGCCAUUCAGCAGGAGACAGACUCUCUCAAGGAUGCUCAUGCUAGAACAUUGGAGGAGGCACUUGCGAAGGUCCGGGACUUGGAGGAGAAAGCUGCUCGGGCGUCCACGCUGGAAGCCCAGAUAGAGGUCUUGAAGUCAGAAAAAGAAGAGACGUCGAACAAGGUUUCCGAGCUUGAAAUCGAAGUUCUCGAGUUGCGGGAGGCAGCGGAAAAGGCCGAAGAUGAACGCAACAAGCUCACGGAGCAUGUGAAGGCGCUCAAUGAGCAGAUCGAGCGAGACGCCGCGACUUUACGAGAGCAAAGCGCGGCUGCGACGAGCAAAGAAGCCGAGUUGAUUGCACAGGUUGAAUCGGCUAAGAAAGCCCACGAGGAGGAUUUGAAGCGUGCUGCUGCGGAUAUGGAACAGGUUGUCGCAAAUCUCAAAGCUCUGGAAGAUGAACUUGCGGCUGCUCGCGCGAAUCAAGAGCAGCUGAGGGCUGAUGCUGAUGCAACCAAUACGGAACACGCUCAGAAGCUUGAAUCCCUCGAGCAGGCGCACCAGGAGAAGCUUGCAGAGCUAGAGGAUGAAAUCAAACGCAUUGGGGACGAAUUGCGCGGCCAGGAAACGAUAUACAAUGGUAAAGUGGACGCAGUGAAGGCAGAACAUGACAAGCUGUUACAAGAGGCAUUUGAACGAGCGAAGGGCGAAGCUGGUGACGCUCAUUCACAAGAUCUUCAGCGCCUUCGGGCCGAGUCUCAAGCUACGAUUGAGCAGCUACGCGCGGCACAUCAGACGACCAUCGACAGUGUGAAGGCAGAUGCCGAAGCUUCGCAGGAGGCCAAGGUCAAGGCGUUGGAGAAGCAGAUCGCUACCUUGGACGUCGACUACAAGGCAACGAAGGACGACCUCGCGAAAGCGAAGGCCGCCCUCAUCUCGGCUUUGGCGGAGUCUGAGACCUUGUCCGCUCAGCUCGAGGAGGCACGUAGGCAUGCUCAGCAGAUAGCAGCGUCUGCACCUGCCGACCAGUCCGCGGAGGUGGAACGGCUGACUCGGGAGCUUGCAAAUAUCAAGGAUGACCACAGCGCGAUCACCGAGGUGCUUGCCGCAACCAAAGAGUCCCUAUCGGAGAUGUCAAAGAACCAUACCAAGGAGCUCGAGGAAGCAGCGAAAGCUCGAGCAGAAGAGGCGAUGAAACUGAAGGCGGAUCACGCGGACGAGAUGGCAGCGUACGCGCGCGAGAGGACGGAUCUCAUCGCCAAGGUGGUUGAUCUCGAGGGUGAGGUGGCCACUCUCAAAGCCGCCAUGGCUGCACAGGAGGCCGCAUCUCCGAAGUCCAACGGAACCGCGCAAUCGUCUGCCCCCGGCGUCACGAAAGAAGAGCUGCAGAAGAUGCACGAAGCUCAUAACUUGAAGAUCAACGACUUGCAGGCGGCCCACGAGAAGGCGUUACAAGCCCUGAAGGAGGAGUUGGAGGCCGCCCAUGCCCGAGAGGAUGACUUGAAACAAGAUUUCACCCGGAAAGCGAUGGAGCUUCAGUAUAUAGAGCAAGAGCACGAGGAGUCUCAGGACGAGAUAACUCGCCUGAAAGCCGAUAUCGACCAUCUCAGUGAGCAGCUUGCGAAGGCCAAUAACUCUUGAGGCCCUCCGAAAUCGUGUUUUCCACUCCAGUUCCUGUACUCGGGACUCUCGACCAGAAGGAUCGUUAUUUCACUGCUCUUCAUCCAUUUUCUGCAGUCAUCCGAAUACCCAAGUUUUGGAAUUUUCACGUCCGUCUUAUGCCUAAUCCUACUGUUGUCUAUAGUCUAGCUAGUGA